CGCCUAGAGCACCAGCCUCGCAUGCGCACGUUAAUGACGUAUGCGGAAGUGGCGUUCUCCCCGUAUUAUUGUUGAUAUUGUAGCAAGCGCUGCCUGACGAGCCCUACUUGGUUAUGUAGAAAUUGGUAAAAAAAGGGACCGUUUGACGUGAUGGCAGAGGAGAGUGGACAGGAUGUUGUUUCUGAGUACCUUCAGCAGAACCCUCACCUGGCGCACUGGGUGGAAUCGUUAAGAGAGCUCUCCGAGACGAAUAAGCACUGGAGCGCCAGGCGAGAGUUCGUUCUGCGCAAUAUGGAGGUCUUUCCUACAAUCCAACCAGGGGUCACAACUCCCAGUCUGGACAGGCUCCUUUCUCUGUCUAAGGUUUGGGCCAACCACGCGUUUCUAGGCUGUCGAUAUCCUCAGGCUGUAAUGGACAAGGUGAAUGAGAUGGCAGAAGGGAUUGGUGUGAAUGAAGGUUCUGGUCAAAACAAGAAAGAUGGAGUCGUAGGAAAAGGAAAGAGGCCGUCUGUUUCAGCCGCGGAUGGUGAGAGCUGCGGUAAGAAACUCAAAACCGUUUCAUCUGAGUGUAAAGGCGGCGAGCCAAAAACCGACCGUCCGAACGCUGCUGCUGUCAAAUCGGUUCUCCUUCCCGAGGCCCCUGCAGAACAUCAGCCCUUCUUUAACCGCCUUUAUAAAACCGUGGUCUGGAAAUUAGUGUCUGCAGGAGGCUUCGGCCCCAACCUGGAUCACUUUGAGAUCCUGCGCACCUGCGUGGAGUCCUGCAAGGCCAGCCUUAGUUGUGUAUUCGUGCCUCUCAAAGACAUUCCUGACCUGCCUGCCGGCUGCACCCAGAGAGAGGGCCAGGUGUGUGAACUGCGCUGCCACGCCGUCUACGUGGGCACGGGAUACGGUCGAGACGAAUGCGCGGCGAGGGCCAUGGCCUCGAAAGAAGCCCUGAAAAUAUUCCAGGGGAGGAAAGUGACCGUGAAGAUCACCCGUCGCAGAUUCCAGGGUCGAGAUGUAGAAGAUUUAGUCUUGUUAGAUGAACAGCCCAGAAGCUCAAUUUUGCCUCCUGCUCUGAGCUAUCCUUUUUAGGCCUGUCUCUCUCUCUCUCUCUCUCUCUCUCUCUCUCUCUCUCUCUCUCUCUCUCUGUACUCUACAAUUUCUAUAUAUACAGUAUAUAUAUAUAGACAUUUCACUGUAACAGUCUGGUCCAUAAGUAUUUGGACAACACCGUUUUCGCCGUAAUUAGCCUCUGUACUCUACCACUAUGGAUUUCAGAUUCUAGACUUUCGGCUUUCUUUGAACCAAAAUAGCAAAUGUAUUGGUUUGGGAAUUACAGACGUUGGGUCCCUUGAUUUUCACAGAAAUAAUUGUCUGGUAUUUAUUUGUUUUGUCCGCCUUCAAUUUAGUCUUCAGUAAAUGAAAAUCAGGUCAUCUUGGGCAUUUAAGAACUUUUUACUUUCUUCAUCUGAGGAAGCUCUUGGGCUGCUUUUUGGGUUCGUCAUUCCUCCGUAUUGUAUCAGUUUUAGGGGCAUUUGACCGAAUCUGAGCGGAAACCCCGUCCAGAAUUCAUCCUGUUCCUUCUCUCAGUGGUCGCAUCAUCAAUAAAUACCAAUGUCCCAUUUUGUUCUAACAAUGAAUCUGUUUGUCAGGUGACAUUGGUAUGCUUUGGAUCGUAAGCACUUCCUUUUCUUCUCCACACUCUUAGUUUUCCAGCCUUUCAGUGUUGCUCAGCUCUUAAAUGCAUUCCAGAGUUUUAAGAACGUCUACAAUUGUCGAUUGGGCCACCUUAAAGUUUCUGUUCGUUUUUUUCCAGGUAGUAUUUGUUUCCUUUAUUUGCCUUGAUAUGUAUUUGGACCAUGUAGUAAAAGAUUUUUAUGAACAUCUACCAAAUGCAAAUUCAAACACAUUAAAUCAAUUCCAGAUUUUGUUUUUAAUAUGCCGAUGUCAUAAAAUAAGAAGGACCACAUCUGGCCACAAAUGACUUGCGGGGCUGUGAAAAUCAAGGGAUUAUGUCGGUAAGUCUCGAAUUAAAGCUGAAAGCCCACACUUCAGUCACACAAGGAUCACUUCAUUACAAAUCCAUUUUGUCAUUAUACUUUUUUUUUUACAUUUUUAUUUUUCUUAUUUUUACAUUGUGCACCGCUGUCCGAAUACUUAUGGACCCGGGUGUAUAAGGUCAUGUUGAUGUUGGAAGGUUCCAGGUUGUAGUGAUCCAGUUUUCUACACAAAAUUUGGGAGGUUUGUUUCAUGUUCCAGACCUGAUUAUUAUUAUUUAGGUUUUUAUUUUUACUAGAAGAGUCUUUUAGUUGUCAUUAGUUGAUUUAUGAUUUCACCUUUUGAAAGAAGUUCUUGAGAAGUCAUCUCGAUCUUUAUAUAUGUUCAUGUUCAGUGGAUUAUUUAAAUACCUUUAUUGAUGAUUAUAAGGUUUUGAUUUGAUUGUUCUUCUUGUUAAAGCAGAUAGCAGACUUUAUCAUUUCCUCGUUGUAGAUGAAACAUCGGCUUGAUUUUUUUAAAAAUACAUUCUUUUUUGUUCACGUCUGUUUUUGACAGCAACGUAAAAACGAUAUCACAUAACUGAAAUCAAAGCCCUUGUGUUCUCUAUGUACUAAAUAAAAUAUCUCACAAAA